UCUGUUUCUGCAGCUUUCGAGGUGAACUUCAUGGACGAUGUUGGACAGACGCUUCUCAACUGGGCCUCAGCGUUCGGCACACAGGAAAUGGUGGAGUUUCUAUGUGAAAGGGGCGCGGACGUCAACAGAGGUCAAAGGUCGUCUUCACUACACUACGCUGCCUGUUUUGGACGCCCACAAGUUGCCAAGACUCUGUUGCGUCAUGGAGCUAACCCUGACCUGAGAGACGAGGACGGGAAAACUCCUCUGGACAAGGCCAGGGAGCGAGGACACAGCGAGGUGGUGGCAAUACUGCAGUCCCCCGGUUAGUACACACACAA